UUUUCUUUAUUGUAGUCUGAUUGUUUCAGAGAAGUGUUGUUGUGUUUUAUUAAUUUAUUUUUGAUAGAUUGACUAUUGGACGAAUAAAAGUUCGUAUCUCCCUGAAUAAUUAGAAUAUAACUAAUAUUCUAUGGUGGUGUAAUUCCAUGUAGGUAUAACAAACUAAUUAAAUAAUGCAUAUAAAUCUUAGUAUUCCUAUGAUGACGGCAAUCAAAUCAGCUACUUCAAUUACUGGGAUCGUUGCACGAAAAUUAAUACCUAUAUCUUUAGAUUCCAGGACACAUCGCAGGUAUUCCAAUCAAAAUACGAAUAAAUAUGAUAUUGUCGUCAUUGGUGGCGGUAUAGUGGGUUCUGCAUCCGCUAGAGAGCUAAUAUUAAGGCACCCGUCGUUAAACAUAGCACUAAUUGAAAAGGAAAACCGUUUCGCCUGUCAUCAAAGUGGAAAUAAUAGUGGUGUGAUUCAUGCGGGUAUUUACUACAAGCCAGGAUCAUUAAAAGCUAAAUUAUGUGUCCAAGGAUUGGAUUUAUCUUACAAAUACUGUGAUGAGAAAGGAAUCAAAUAUUUGAAAUGUGGAAAAAUGAUAGUAGCCACUGAAAGGCAAGAAAUACCUAGAUUGUUGGAUCUGUAUGAUCGUGGAAUUGAAAAUGGUGUGAAAGACUUGGAGUUACUUGACAGUAAAGGAAUAAGAGAAAUUGAACCUCUUUGUAAGGGGUUACAAGCAAUAUGGUCCCCUCACACUGGUGUUGUGAGCUGGGCUGAGGUAACAGAUUCCUAUGUAAGAGAUUUUGUUAACUGUGGUGGAACAACUUAUCUCAACUUUGAAGUUAAAAAGUUCCAUGAUUCUGUAGAUGCAGAAUAUCCUGUUGUCAUUUCUGAUGAAAAAACUAAUACUAUCUUUGCAAAGCAUGUUCUCACAUGUUGUGGCCUACAUUCAGAUACAGUUGCGGUACUUACAGGAUGCCCUGAAGAGCCUAAGAUCAUCCCUUUUAGAGGUGAAUACCUUUACUUAGUACCAAGUAAAAGCAAUUUAGCUAAAGCUAAUAUCUACCCAGUACCUGAUCCAAGAUUCCCAUUUUUGGGUGUUCAUAUAACUCCUAGAGUAGAUGGUCGUGUCAUAUUGGGGCCAAAUGCUAUAUUAGCAUACUGUAAGGAAGGAUACAAAUAUAGUGAUGUCAACAUAAAAGAUUUGAAAGCCAUUAUAGGGUUUUCUGGUUUUCGAAAAUUGGCAAUGAAAUAUGCUGGUUUUGGUGUCAAAGAAAUGACAAGAUCAAUUUUUCCUUCAUUACAAGUCAAACAAGUACAAAAGUAUAUUCAAGAAAUAACAAGUGCUGAUGUUGAGAGAGGUCCUGCAGGUGUAAGAGCACAGGCCAUGGCCAAAGAUGGCAGUCUCAUAGAAGACUUUGUAUUUGAUUCUCAACCUGGGUCUGGUGCAAUUGGAAGCAGAGUACUACAUUGUAGGAAUGCCCCCUCACCUGGUGCAACUUCAUCCCUUGCUAUUGCAAAGAUGAUCGCUGACAAAAUUGAAGAUCAAUUUACACUUAAAUGCUAAGUAAUUUUAAAUUUAAAGGUGCUAAAUGUUCAUUUCAUAUUUUUAUAAGGAGAGUUGAUUUAUUCGUUAGUAAAAGAAAAUAUUAUUAUCAAUACUAAUUUGUGUUAUAUUGGGCAAAUAUCUAUUAUCUACAUUAAAAUCAACAAAAUAAAAAUAAACAUGUGAACAGAAAUGAAUGGGUCUAAUACUGUAUAAUGUUAAAUUAAGGGAUUUUGACUGGAGAAAACUUAUAAACAAUUUUGAAAAUAGUUUAGAAGUGCAACUGCAUUCUCACACCAGCUGAUUUUCCGAGCGGCAUCGCUAUGUUCAUGCGGGCGAACAAACAACUGUUAACUAGAGCUCGAAAUGCGUCGCGCGAAUACGCUUAGUUUAGCUACGAUCGCCAAAAAUCCACUAGUGUGAAAGCAUAGUAAGGUUCAAUUACAAAAAGUAGACAAUUAGUGAACCAAGUGUUUAAAUCCGAUUUUUUAUUAAUGCAAAGAGUCUAUUACUCCAUUAUAGUAGUAGCACUAAAGGAAACAUCUUGAUAGGACUUUUUAUACAAAUACAUUAAAACAAAAUAUUGCUUUAAACAAUUAAGUAAGUUAUGCUGUUAGAGUUUAGCUACAUUUUGUUUUUAAACUGAUAUUUUAAAUAAAAAGUUAUAUCUAAAAUUAUCUUUAGUUAAGGCCUCCCCCACAUUUGGCGUGCGCGAUCCUCGGGCAAGCGCGCUGCGUGAGCGUCGCGUUUUGCUGACCUGCGGCAUGUGCGGCGCGCUCGCGGCGCGCACGCGUCGAGUCGCUUUCUUAUCCCUUCGCCCGCUAUCCCCGCCGCCCGCUACUGUUUCGAUCAGUCACAUGGAGGACGUGCGCGCCGCGAACACGCCCGAGGAUCGCGCACGCCAAAUGUAGGGGAGGCCUAAGAGUCUACUCAAAUCGAGUAUGGAUCCAAAGUCAAGUUUUGCAAUAUGGUUCUAUGUUAGUGUUAUAGGAGCACAAUUAUAAUGAAUUAAAAUGUUAUCAUGUGAUCUGAAUGUAUUUAUUUAAGAUUUUGUUAUGUUAUUUUAACUUAUACUAUUGUUAAUAAAUAUAUAAAUUAAUUAUCAAUAUUUAAA